GGGGAGCUGUGGGGCGGGGCUACAGUGAUGUAAACACAGAUAAAAUGUGCCUCACUGCCGGUCGGGAGUCAGUCUGGAGAAAUUAGUUUAAACUUUCACUACAACGCGUGUUGCUGCUGCUGCUGUUGGGAACUACCACUAAACUGACACGGAGCUGCUUUAAACCCACUACUGGCUCAGCUUCUCUGGAUUUAAACUGCACUACCUCUCUGAUUUUUCGAUUUUGUUGUUGAUGUUCUUCUCCCAGAUUCUGCAAGCAAAGAUGUUGCAAAGCUUCUCUCAAUCGCAAGACUGGCUUUACUCUGAACCGCUGCUGUUUGACGAUGAGUUCUGCCAGAGUUUGAUGAAGGACCUCCAGUCGCUGCCUACACCCCCUCAGUCCCCCCCAACUAAUACCGGGCUGGGCGGCAGUAAGCCCCUAUCCAAGGAGGACCAGCUGAGCUAUGUAUCGGACAUCCUGCUGGAGGACCACGACAUGCAGCUCACCUGGAACUGCGACUUCUUCCACUCAGAUGCUGCGGAGAAGGAUGGCGAGCCCAGCCUGCCCUGCUCCCCUCUGGAGGAGAGUGGCGAGGACUGCCUGUGGCGGUGCCUGGCAGGGGACAAGAGCCUGGAGGAGAAGCUGGUCUCCUCCGUGCUCGGCUCCAGCCCACUGCUGUCUGAGAUCCACACCAGCAUCUUUGAGGAGAUUGCCGGCUCCACGCUGGACUGCCAGAAACUGAUGGACACUCAGGAGCCCAGCGAGGCCACAUCAGACUAUGGGUCAACCGGUGGCGAGCUGUCCACCUAUUCAUCCAGUGACUCUGAGGAGGAGAUUGAUGUGGUAACAGUGGUGCGCUGUUCCUCCAGCCCCUCCCCUCGGCCCUCAUUGGCUGACCUGUCUGUCCGUCAGCAGAAGCAGGAAGAGGAGAAGCGAGCUCUCCAGCGUCACCACUUUGAGAUCCAGCUGCAACACAACUACGCGGCACCGUGUCCCGCCUCACCGCCACCUUCAUCCUCUUCAUCGUCAAACAAGCGCUCGCGAGGGAGCGACAGCUCACCGCGCUUCCACCACUCUUCUCGCAGCUCUUCUUCUUCGUCAUCGUCCUCGUCACGGUACCACCACCACCACCACCACCACCACUCGUCCCGAAACUCGACCGAGACGGAGGACGAGGAGGAGCGGCGGCGGACGCACAACGUGAUGGAGCGGCAGCGGCGCAACGAGCUCAAGAACUGCUUUGUGCACCUGCGCGACAACGUGCCGGAGCUGUCGCACAAUGACAAGGCGUCCAAGGUGGUGAUCCUGAAGAAGGCCCGAGACUGCAUCUACGGCCUGGAGGAGGAGAGCCACAGACUGCAAUCCAAGAGGGACAAACUCCGAGCUAAACAGGAAGAGCUGAAGGCCAGGCUGUCGCAGCUUCGCAGCUAAUGGUCCAGGAGCGAACCACGGGCUGCAUUUUUUUUUUGCCGUUUAGAGACAAUUCGGGAUUG